GGCUGGCUCUGCCCACUCGCCCACGGCCCCGAACGCUGAGCGGCUCCUCUAGGGGGCCGGGCCCGGGGGGCGGGGCCUGUCGCGCGCGUACCUCCACGUGUCCCGGGUCACGAGCCCGGCCCCCGGCCCUGCGCUUAUAACCCGGGAUGCGCGCAGCAGUCGGCCCUGCUCCACCACCUGCCACCGCCGCCUGGGUUCCGAGUGGUUUGCUGAGCAGCGAAGACAGAUUCCAGAAGCCGGGAACACACACCGCCAACCCCAGACGAUGUCCAGCAAAGGCGCCGUGGUUCUGGCCUACAGUGGCGGCCUGGACACCUCCUGCAUUCUCGUGUGGCUGAAGGAACAGGGCUAUGACGUCAUUGCCUACCUGGCCAACAUCGGUCAAGCGGAAGACUUCGAGGAAGCCAGGAAGAAGGCCCUGAAGCUCGGGGCCAAGAAGGUGUUCAUCGAGGACGUCAGCAAGGAGUUUCUGGAGGAGUUCAUCUGGCCUGCCAUUCAGUCCAGUUCGCGGUACGAGGACCGCUACCUCCUGGGCACCUCUCUGGCCAGGCCCUGCAUCGCCCGGAAACAAGUGGAGAUCGCCAAGCGGGAGGGAGCCAAGUAUGUGUCCCAUGGCGCCACGGGCAAGGGGAAUGACCAGGUCCGGUUUGAGCUCACCUGCUACUCACUGGCCCCGCAGAUUAAGGUCAUCGCUCCCUGGAGGAUGCCGGAGUUCUACAACCGGUUCCAGGGCCGCAGUGACCUGAUGGAGUAUGCGAAGCAACAUGGAAUUCCCAUCCCAGUCACCCCCAAGAACCCAUGGAGCAUGGACGAGAACCUCAUGCACAUCAGCUAUGAGGCUGGAAUCCUGGAGAACCCCAAGAACCAAGCGCCUCCAGGCCUCUACACAAAGACCCAGGACCCGAGCAAAGCCCCCAACGCCCCUGACACCCUGGAGAUCGAGUUCAAGAAAGGGGUCCCCGUGAAGGUGACCAACGUCACGGACGGCACUGCCCACCGCACGUCCAUGGAGCUCUUCGUGUACCUGAAUGAAAUCGGGGCCAAGCAUGGCGUGGGCCGCAUUGAUAUUGUGGAGAACCGCUUCAUUGGGAUGAAGUCCCGAGGUAUCUACGAGACCCCAGCGGGGACCAUCCUUUACCACGCUCAUUUAGACAUCGAGGCCUUCACCAUGGAUCGGGAAGUGCGCAAAAUCAAACAAGGCCUUGGCCUGAAAUUCGCCGAGCUGGUGUACACUGGGUUCUGGCACAGCCCUGAGUGUGAAUAUGUCCGCUACUGCAUCGCCAAGUCGCAGGAGCACGUGGAAGGGAAGGUGAAGGUGUCUGUCUUCAAGGGCCAGGUGUACAUCCUUGGCCGGGAGUCCCCACUGUCCCUCUACAAUGAGGAGCUGGUGAGCAUGAACGUGCAGGGCGAUUACGAGCCAAUCGAUGCCACUGGUUUCAUCAACAUCAAUGCCUUGAGGCUGAAGGAAUAUCAUCGUCUCCAGAGCAAGGUCACUGGAAAAUAGACCAGCUGACAAUGAGGAGCUGGGCCUCCUCACUUUGCCCAUCUCCAAGUACAGGCGCUAAUUGUCGUGAUAAUUUGUAAUUGUGACUUGUUCUCCGGGGCGGGGCUGGUAGCGUAGUGGGGGUGCCAGGCCCCAGCUUUGUUCCCUGCUCCCCUGUAGCCUGCAAAAGUGGUCAGGGAAGGGAAGGGUGGGGGGUGGAUACAGUGGGGAGCUAUAAAAUGACAAUUAAAAAAAAAGACACAUUA